GCAGCGCAGCGGAGCGGAGCAGGGGCGGUUUAAGAGCGGCCGGGCUGGGGCUGCGGCAGUGCGGCACAUGGCAGCCUAGCGCCGGCAUGGCCCCCGGGGGGCUGGCGCUGCUGGCGGCGGUGCUGGCGCUGUUGGGGUGCUGCGCGGGGUGCUGCGAGGAGCCGUACGACGCGCUGUACGCGCGCGGGGUGCGGGCUUUCCACGCGCGGGACUUCGCGGGCGCGGCGCGCUGGCUGGAGCGGGCGCUGGACGCGCAGCGGCGGGCGCGGGCGGCGCGGCGGGGGUGCCGCGCGGGGUGCGGGGCGCGCGAGCCGCUGGCGCCGGCGGGCGGGGAGCUGCGGGGCUGGAGCUCCGUGCUGCGCCGCGCCGCCUGCCUCCGCGCCUGCGAGCGCCGCGCCCUGGGCGCCGCCGCCCGGCCCCGCGUGGCCGACGACGUGCGGGCAGACUUCCAGCGCCGCCUGCCCUACAGCUACCUGCAGCGAGCCUACAUCCAGCUGAACAAGCUGGAGGAGGCAGCGGAUGCAGCUCACACCUUCUUCCUGGCGAACCCCGAGCACCUGGAAAUGCAGCAGGACAUCGAGAACUACAAGACCAUGGCCGGGAAGGCCACUCUGGUUGACCGAGAGGCCAGGCCACACAUGGAGGCCUACAGCGCGGGGGUGAAGCACUACGAGAGGGAAGAGUACGGGCCAGCCAUCGAGCAGCUGGAGCGAGCCCUGGAGGAGUAUUACACGGCCGACGAGGAGUGCCGCGUCCUGUGCGAGGGGCCGCAGCGCUUCGCAGAGCACGAGUUCUUGGACUACCAAGCUGACCUCUACGAAGCCGUCGCAGAACACUACUUGCAGGUCCUGGCUUGCAAACAGGACUGUGUCCGAGACCUGGCCACCCGACCCGGGCGCAUCUCACCCAUCGAGAACUUCCUGCCGCUCCACUACGACUACCUGCAGUUUGCCUAUUACAGGGUUGGCGAGCACACCAAAGCCCUCGAGUGUGCAAAAUCCUACCUGCUCUUCCACCCGGAUGACCAGGACGUCUUGGAAAAUGCAGUCUAUUAUGAGAGCCUCUUGGAAGACAAGGUGGACCCGGAGACCAUCGUCCCCAGGGAGGAGGCUGCAACAUUUCUGAGACGUUACAGGCUGGAGUCUCACCUGCUAAAGAUGGGUGCAGCGGGCCUGGGAUUCCUCUACACAGAGCCGAACUACUGGAACCGGUACGGGGCCCGGCAGGAUGAGCACAGCGUCCCCUCCAGCGUCAGCAGCGAGCCGGACGAGGGUCCCAGGCUGGUGAUGAGCAAGAAGCCGGCUCCCAAGAUGGACCGAGAGCUACGGGAGGGGGGGCCUCUGCUCUACGACCAUGUCAAGCUCAUCUACAACUCCACGCAGCUCAACGGCACCCAGCGCGUGCUGCUGGACGACGUCCUGUCCGAGGAGGAGUGCCGCGAGCUCCACCGAGUGGCCACCGGCAUCAUGAUGGCUGGCGACGGCUACCGCGGGAAGACCUCGCCCCACACCCCCAGCGAGAAGUUCGAAGGGGCCACCGUCCUUAAGGCUCUCAAGCACGGCUUCGAGGGGCGCGUGCCCAUGCAGAGCGCCCGCCUGCUGUACGACGUCAGCGAGAAGGCGCGCCGCAUCGUGGAGUCCUACUUCCAGCUCAACUCCACGCUCUACUUCUCCUACACCCACAUGGUGUGCCGCACCGCGCUGCCCGGCCAGCAGGAGAAGCGGAACGACCUGAGCCACCCCAUCCACGCUGACAACUGCCUCCUGGAGCCCGAGGCCAACGAGUGCUGGAAGGAGCCCCCAGCCUACACCUUCAGGGACUACAGCGCGCUGCUCUACAUGAAUGCAGAUUUCGAGGGAGGGGAGUUCAUCUUCACCGAGAUGGAUGCCAAGACUGUUACUGCCUCAAUCAAGCCCAGGUGCGGGCGCAUGAUCAGCUUCUCGUCCGGUGGGGAGAACCCGCACGGCGUGCGGGCCGUCACCAAAGGGCAGCGCUGCGCAGUGGCGCUGUGGUUCACCUUGGACCCUCUGUACCGAGAGCUGGAGCGGAUCCAGGCCGACGAAGUGAUCACGCAGUUAGACCAGGAGCACCUGGGCACGGAGGAAUUGAACAUCAACCCGCGGGACGAGCUCUGAGCCCCGCUUGAGAGACUCUAUUUGCUAUUUAUUUAAUAUUGCUAAUCUAAUGAGAACCCGUCUAUUUUUGUACAGAGCCUCGGUAUAAGUUAACGGGGGGGUUGGGGGGUACCAGAGUGCGGCGCUCCCGCCGGGCCCCCUGGGCUGGGCAUGUCUCGCUGCCUGGCCCCGUGCUUCUUGGUUCCUCUUGCAUGCACGUCCCUCUGGGCUCCCCGCUGCCCUGGAAAACAGACGUGGGGGCUCAGAGAGGAACAGCAGCCUGGUCCCUGCAGGGUCUGGGUGAGGGUGCACCAGGGGUUUGCUGGAGCUGGCUGUGCUUUCCAUGCCCUGUCCCUUCCCGAAGCCUCCACACUUUGAGCACUGCUGUCUGGGACCCCCGGGACGGCUAGGUGAUGGGCUCCAGCGUUGUGCAUGGCCAGGUGGAGGAGGGGGCAUGCAGCUGAGCUAGCACAGCACUAGGAUGCUGUUCACCCCAUGCAGGUGAUAUCUAGCCUAGAAAACUGUUUAACUUGGUGCUUUGCUAUGUACAGCACCUGGCGAGGGUCAAUGCAGCAUGGACCCCUCUCCACACAGCCCUGUGGGGAUGGUGCUGGGGCUUGUGAUCCCUCCAGUUGCUCUUUCUUUCCCCCUUCGCCCUCCUUCCAGCAUUUCCAAGCUUCUUGGCACCCUGAGCCAGUCCUUUGUUUCUCUGCUGCUAAGCCCGGUCUUUUAGCAACAUCCCGCUGCUUGGAGGAGCUGUGUGCAGAGAGACCCAUGCACAGGGGGGUAUUCCCAGUACUCCCAGAGCCCCCCCACCAGCAACUUGCAGCCAUUGCAGAGCUUGCACCACGUCAGUGCAGGCGGUCUGGGCUUCAUACACCUGCAUGGACCAGGCAGCUAGGCAGGAGGACCACGGGCUCUGGGCACAGAGGCAGCAGCCGUGUCCCUGAUGCUAGUCAGAGCAAGGACACCCCAGUCCCUGAAAGGCUCCGACCAUAGGACUGCUGCCAUCAGUCCCCAAGGUCACACCUUAGCUGCUGAUGGGCUGUCCCUCAGCCCAGGCCUGAUCAGGCGCCUCUUGGAGAAGCGCUUGGCACAUGGGAACGCUCCCUGCUGGAAGCCGCUGCGUUACCCUUGUGCACGGGGUUGGAUGUACACCUCGCUGCUGGCUGCACCGACACCGCGGGAGCACCAUCGAGGGUUGUGGUAGCAUGCACCUGCUGCAUGCCUGCACCCAGCUGCCUCUGCCCUGCACCCCAGCACGUGGAGGGGCACAGCCGGGGCUGUGUGAGGGAGGUUGGGAGCUGGCACUGAACCACAGGAGAAAUAAAUGAGCCACAGUCA